AGAAGGGUUUUGUUCAUCGUUUAUCCGCGAACCAGUGACACCAGAAGAAAACCCUAAAACCCAGUUGGAAAACUGUUGAAUGGAAGAACCAGAGACGCAAAUUGAAGUCCGAUCCCUAACCGGUGAAACGAUGACUGUCUCAAUUUCCUCCAGUAGGACAAUUCAAGAACUCAAGCUUCUCCUUAAACAAAUCUUUCCUCCCGCAACCACUUCCUCGAACUUCCACCUUUUUCUCAAGGGCACGAAACUAAGCUUGCAGAGUCAGAUAAGUAGUACCUUGAUUUCCCAUGGCGAAUUUAUUGUUCUUCUUCCGUUUACAAAGAAGGACAAACAGAAAAUCGUGGAGCCAUGUGAGAAUGAAACAAAUUCUCAAAAUUUUCAUCAGUGUUCCACCUCAAAGUUUGCUGAAUCAGCUUGGUCCGAUAUGAUGCAAGAUCUGUCCUCUCUCCGGGAUGCAGAAAUUGAUGGGAAUGAGAGUCAUACUCAAUUUGAAUCUGGGAAUACAAAAUCCAACACUCGAAAUGAAGCAGAGAAGAGCUUGAUUGAUGAGGCAAUAAACGAGCUUUUGAACACAUUUCAAUCAUGUGAUAGUGAUGAACUGGAUGAAAAGAGCUUGAAUUCCAUGGUGCUUCUGGCAGUAUUUAUUCAUCAGAGAAAAGUUACCCUAUUCAGUUUGGAGCGUGGAUUUGACCAGCUAAGUAAGUUGGGAUUUGGAUUUGAAUCUGCUUAUCUUGAGAAUCUUGCUGUGCUUUGUCCUCAGGUUAUACAAUUUAUUGACAAUGAUGCUGAAGGUAAAAGGUCAAACAAUUCCAUUGUUGUCAUUAAGUCAAAAUCAGAUCUUAAAUACCAAAUUAAAGGUAAGAGAAAGAUGUCUACUCCUAGAGUAGUUAAUGCUUUAAAAAAAAGAGAAAGUUCCUUCAGAGCCGAUUUAUGGGCAGUUGUUAAAUCAUUUAUGGAAAAAAAGGGUAAAGAGACAAUCAAGUCAUUAUUUUUAAAUGAUCUUUUGCUACAUGCAACUGAAGGAAAUCAUAAAGAAACUAAAAAUGAUGCUAAAAGAACAAAAAGAAGCAUGUCUGAACCCUCAGAUUCCUUUUCACCUGAAGUACAAUGUAAAGAAACGAAUCCUUUGCUGCCUACAGAAAUGGUUGAGCAUCUGAAGACAGGCCUUGGUUCCCAAGGACAGAUAGUUCAUAUUGAAGAGAUUAAUGCCCGAAUAGCCAAUUUUGUAAAGAUUCCAGAUUAUCUUUCUGAAGGAACUAAAUCUGCACUGAAAUGUUCAGGUGUCUCAAAGUUAUAUAGCCACCAGGCAGAGUCAAUUGAGGCAUCAAUUUCUGGAAAGAAUGUUGUUAUUUCAACCAUGACAUCAAGUGGAAAGUCUCUUUGUUAUAAUUUACCAGUUCUUGAAGUAUUAUCUCAACAUCCUUCAGCUUGUGCUCUAUAUCUCUUUCCAACAAAGGCUUUGGCACAAGAUCAACUAAGAGCAUUGUUAUCUAUGACAGAAGGUUUUUAUGUAGGCUUAAACAUUGGUAUAUAUGAUGGAGAUACUUCUCAUGAAGAUAGAUUAUGGCUUCGUGAUAAUUCUAGACUGUUGAUUACAAAUCCAGAUAUGCUCCAUAUGUCAAUCUUGCCCUUUCAUAACCAAUUCCAACGAUUCUUAUCAAACCUCAGGUAUGUGGUGGUUGAUGAAGCUCAUUCAUAUAAGGGAGCAUUUGGAUGCCAUGCUGCUCUUAUUAUAAGGAGGCUUCUUCGACUCUGUGCUCAUGUUUACGGGAGUGAUCCGUCUUUUAUAUUUUGCACUGCAACCUCUGCUAAUCCACGUGAACAUACAAUGGAACUUUCAAGCUUACCAACAAUGGAGUUAAUUCACAAAGAUGGAAGCCCUUCUGGCCCUAAACUUUUUGUUCUCUGGAACCCUCCUUUACGCAUGAAAAAUGUUAACAAGAGAAGUAGAAGCAGCAUAGAUACUGACAAAUUUGAAAGAACAAAAAUUAUUCAACAUGGACUUCGUUGCAUUGCAUUUUGCAAAACACGCAAACUAUCUGAACUCGUAUUGAGCUAUACACGCGAAAGUCUUCAGAAAACCGCACCUGAUCUUGUAAAUUCCGUGUUUGCUUAUCGAGCUGGCUACACUGCUCAUGAUAGGAGAAGACUUGAAAGCGACCUUUUUAGUGGGAAAAUUCGUGGUGUUGCUGCUACAAAUGCUCUUGAAUUAGGGAUCGAUGUUGGACACAUUGAUGUCACUCUUCAUCUAGGGUUUCCUGGAACUAUAGCUAGCUUAUGGCAACAAGCUGGAAGGUCUGGAAGAAGGGAACAACCAUCACUUGCUAUAUAUGUUGCAUUUGAAGGACCUCUCGAUCAAUACUUUAUGAAAUUCCCUCACAAACUCUUCAAAGGACCAAUAGAAUGUUGCCACGUGGAUGCUAAAAACCCUCAGGUUCUUCAACAACAUUUAGUCUGUGCAUCACUUGAACACCCGAUAAGUGUUGCUCAUGAUGAGAAGUACUUUGGUCCUGACCUAAAAACUACAUUAUUAGCCCUUAAAAGUAAGGGUUAUGUCACUUUCAAUCCCUCUGCUGAAAUUUGGAACUACAUUGGGCCUGAGAAAAUACCUUCUCGUGGUGUUAGCAUACGUGCAAUAGAAUCAGAGAGAUACAAAGUAAUUGACAUGAAAAAUGACCAAGUUCUUGAAGAAAUUGAAGAGAGUAAAGCUUUCUUUCAGGUCUAUGAAGGUGCCGUUUAUAUGCAGCAAGGGAAAACCUAUUUAGUCAAGAAUCUUAAUUUAUCUACAAAAAUCGCUUCCUGUCAAGAAGCUGAUUUAAAAUACUACACCAAGAUUCGUGAUUUCACUGACAUUGAAGUUGUAGGAGGUCACAUUGCAUACCCAGCAAAAAUUCCUAACAUUUAUCACUCAAAAACAUCUGCUCAAUCAAAUCCAUGUAAAGUCACUACUAAUUGGUUUGGAUUUAGAAGGAUUUGGAAAGGAAGCAAUAGAGUUUUUGAUACAGUUGAUCUAUCACUUCCUAGUUAUACAUAUGAGUCAAUGGCUGUUUGGAUACGGGUCCCACAAUCAAUAAAAACAGCUGUGGAAAUGGAGAAUUAUUCCUUUCGUGGAGGCUUGCAUGCUGCAGGGCAUGCACUUCUACAUAUUGUUCCUCUGUAUAUAAUUUGCAACUCAUCGGAUUUGGCUUCAGAGUGUGUGAAUCCUCAUGAUACUCGUUACAUUCCCGAAAGAAUUUUAUUAUAUGAUUCACGCCCUGGAGGAACAGGCAUUUCAUCACAGGUUCAACCUAUUUUUACUGAGCUUUUAAGUGCUGCAUUGGAACUUAUCACAUCAUGUUGUUGCUCUGGUGAUGCUGGUUGUCCUAAUUGUGUUCAAAAUCUUUCGUGUCAUGAGUACAAUGAAGUUUUGCAUAAAGAUGCAGCGAUGAUGAUUAUUAAGGGUGUUUUAGAAUUGGAGAAAUCAAACUUUGCAGAUACUUCCACUCUUUCAUGACUUGUUGAGCUAGAUUUGUAAAUAUGGUAGGACAUUGAACUUUUGGUUAAUUAUCGUCUCAUUGUUUUCAAAAAUUAAACAAAUCAGUUUUGGAGUUUUGUAUAUGAUUAUUUUUGGGAUUUAAAAAUAAAGGUUGU